CUGGAAGUGCCCUAGAUCCUACCUCAGACCCUAUUUUACUCUUAUUUAUCCACUAGCUUGGUAGGACUUAUCCCCUCCACGCCCACAGCUUUUUCUCCGCUGAGCUCUAAUAUGCCUGAGCUGCAAUGCAUCCUACAAAAUAUGAAUUAAUGUCUCUUAUUCGCUAGAUUGUGUCGUGUGGCUGUGGUGAGAGUCAGCGCUCGUCGGCAAGGUUAUUGCUGCUAUUCAUGGCGUCAAUACAUCGCACGCAACUUGGGCGUGUUGCACCCGGUCUUGCGACAGUGCACAUACAUAAUCAAAUGAGCGCUAUACGAACGAACAUCUUGCUCCAAAAGUUGCGCAGCCGGCAGUCGACACCGCUCGCAACCUUUCAGCGGCGUGCCUGGUUACCUGGAUGCCGCUUGUAUAAAGCAUGCAGCAGAGCCAACGGACGCGAUGCACUCGAUCCCGCCCAGCAGCAACACCUGAAGGAACCCAAUCUGGUUUCCCCACAAGCCUCGCCUACCUUUCCUCCCCCUCCUCCUCAAGCAGCCUCCGCUCAUCACAAACCUACCACGGGCAUCCCUCCUAAUCCUCCUCCUUCCUCUCCUCCAGCUGCAUCCGCUCCUCCUUUCCCUUGCCCAAGCGCUCCUCCCUCCCAAGCUGCUCCCUCCCCGCUGCCAUCACCCACUCCCGCCGCAUCUCCUUCUUCUCCCACCACCUCCGAAACCAAACCCGAUUCGCUACUCAACGAGGAGCUGCGCCAGCUUGAAACGGAGCUGCAGACCCUAGCAGGCAAAGGGGUAAUAACCCUCACUCAGGUGCCAAUGGGCAUGACGUCAGCUGUCGUGGCAGCAGACAAUGGGGAAAUGGCGUCAGCUGCAGCGGCAGCAGGCAGCCCAGCCGGGAUUAAGGGGCGGCUGAAGGAGGUGGAGGCGGCCUUGUUAGAGCUCAAGGAGUCGCAGCGGCGCACUGAGCUGCUUGAGGCGAUGGUGGGGGCGCUGCGGGAGCGACUGCGGAGGGAGGAGGACAGGAACGCGGAGCUGGCGGUCGAGGUGGCCUCCGGUCGCGCCGCGCUGAGCGAGUCUGAGGAUGCUCGGCGGGAGCUGCAGCGGUGCAUCGAGGGGCUGAGGGCCGAGCUGGCGGACACGCAGGGAAAGCUGGCGGAGGCCCAGCUGCGCGCCUGCUCCCUGGAGUCCCGCGUGGCCCGCCUGGCCCGCCAGCAGGCCGCCCUGGCGCUGCGAGCGGGGGAGCUGGAGGAGCAGCUGGCGAGCGGGGCGGAGGCGGCGGCACGGGCGCUGGGGGAGGCAGCGGAGAGGAUACGGGAGCUGGAGGCCGCUGCGGAGGCAGAUCAGCAGCUCAUCACCCUGCUGCAGGCCUCCCUGGCCGACCGCGAGAGCCAGCUUGCCUCGCUGCGUGAGGGCGAGGCGGAAUGGCAGGAGCUGCUGGAGCAGAGCAAGCGGGCGGCGGAGCAGGUGGAGGCUCUGCUGCGGCAGCGGGAUACCGAGGUGCUGCGGCUGAGGGAGGAGGUGGCGGCGGCGGAGCGGCGGGGUGAACAGCAGGCAGCUGAGCAGCUGAAGCUGCAGCUAUCCUCCCUGGAGGCCGCCCACGCCGGCCGCAUACAGCAGCUGGCCGCUCAGUUGCGUCAGGUGGAGGACGCGGCGGCGGAGGCGGCCGGGGUGGCGCGGACGCGGGAGGGGCAGCAGCGGGCGGAGAUUGAGCGGCUCAAGGAACAACUGGAGGCUGCUCAGCUGUCGGCUGCUCGUUCCGCCGCCGCUCGUGCCACGGAGGUUUCGGAGCUGCGUUCCUCCCUGGAGGCCCAGCUGUCGGCUGCCCGGGGGGAGGCGGGGCGGGCGGCGGGGCAGCUGGCGGCGCUGCGGGAGCAGAUGCAGGGGCUGCUGGGAGGCGGCUUUGUGGCGGCGCUGGAGGCGGAUCUCCGGCGGCUAGUCCUGGAACAACAGCAGCAGAGCCAGCAGCAGCAGCAGCAGCAGCAACGCAAGCCCUCAUCAGCAGCAGUCGCGAGUUCGACCCCGGCUUUCCGCGCCCCCUCCACACCUCCCUCCGGAAGGGCCACUGCUGAUGCUGCGGCGCAGGCUCAAGCCGCUGCGACGGCCUCCGCCUCCUCCACCUCACCCCAGGAGCACGACGCUGCGGUGCAGCAGCUGCGUAGGGCGGUGCAGGAGCGGGUGCGGGAGGUGAUGCAGGAGCGGGAGCAGCAGCUGCGGCAGCAGGCGGCAGACCGUGAGCAACACCUGCAGGCCCAGAUGCAGACCCGACUGGUGGAGGCGCAGGCGGCGCAGCAGCGGGAGCUGCGGGUUGUGCAAGAGGCGGUGGCGCAGCAGGUCCGCCUGAUGGAGGGCUCCUGGGCCUCCCACACCGCCGCCUUCACCGCCGCGCUGCAGCAGGCCACCCAGGACAAGGAGCGGCUGGCAGCGCAGGCGGCUGCGGCGACACAGCAGGUUCGCUCCCAGCUUUCCGAGCUGGCCUCCCUGCGUUCCGAGCUGGCGGCGGCUCAGUCGGUGGUAGCGG